AUGGAGCCCUCACACUCGCCACUGCCAGUGAAAAAAGAACCCUCAGAACUAGAAUCAGUGAAGAGAAAAUCUCGUCCAGAAAGCAAUGAUGAAAGGAAGAAGAAGAAACCAGCCCCAAACCUUGAUUAUAUGAAGCCGGAAAAGAUGAAUAGUGGUGAGUCCUCAAGAAGCUUAUGCGGUAUAUGCUUUAAUUCAAAACCAGAUCCUGAUAUGUUCAAAAGCAAUAGUUGCAAUCACUCCUUUUGCGUUGAUUGUAUUUCCAAAUACAUGGAUUCUGAAAUAAACAACAACAUGGUUAAAGUGAUAUGUCCAAAUCCAAAUUGUUAUAUGAAAUUGAAGCCAGAACAUUUGGAAAAUAUCAUGCCUCGUGAAUUUUUUGAUCGAUGGGAAUUCGCAAAGUAUACGUCUAAAAUUCCAUUGGAGCAGAAGACUUAUUGUCCCUAUGAGAAUUGUUCUAUUUUGUUGGUGAAUGAUAACUACGGUGGAGAAGUUGUUGUGACGAGCUGCGAGUGUCCAUAUUGUCAUAGAUUAUUCUGUGCAAAGUGUAGGGUUCCGUGGCAUGCUGAGAUGAAUUGUCAAGAAUUUCAAAAUUUGAAAGGUCCUAAACAAGAGCAGUUUUGA